AUGGCAAGCACAACGAGGACGGAAACAGUCACACCGGCAGUCAUACAUAUCGUUCCUUCCUCAUCCGCUUCACCGCCCGUCACAACCGAAGAUGCGGCGAAUGCAGCAGCGGCAGAAGCUGCCCCAGUAGAGACUCCGAAGCAAGUCGCCUGGAAGGAGGGCACACUUGACAAUGAGGACUUGGGCAGGAAAAGUAGCAAAAUUUGCUGCAUUUACCACAAGCCCCGUGCCUUUGGGGAGAGCAGCAGCAGCAGCAGCAGUGACAGCGAGGGCGAAGAUCGAUCCUCCCGCACAGGACAGCAUGGAUCUGCAAGGAAACCUCGAAGAUGCAAACAUCAACGAAGGCCAAAUCCAGCUGGCGGUGAGGGAGGGGAGUCUCGAUGCUAG